AUGGGCAACAUGGCAACAGAAAUUGUUGCCUUCCUGUUCACCAUUUCUGGCUGGGUUUUGAUUUCCUCCACGCUCCCAACUGAUUACUGGAAAGUGUCACCUGUGGAUGGGACAGUCAUCACCACAGCAACCUUCUGGUCAAAUCUCUGGAAGACGUGUGUUACAGAUUCCACUGGAGUUUCCAACUGCAAGGAUUUUCCUUCUAUGCUUGCACUGGAUGCUUAUAUCCAAGUUUGUCGUGGGCUGAUGAUCUCAGCUGUGUGUCUGGGAUUCUUUGGAGCUAUCCUGGCUCUAGUGGGCAUGAAGUGUACUAAGAUAGGGGGCUCAGAGACCACCAAAGCCAGGAUCACCUGCCUAAGUGGUCUACACUUUAUUAUAAGUGGAAUCUGCUCCAUGACUUCCUGCUUUCUGUAUGCACACAGAAUAACGUCUGAGUUCUUUGACCCCUUAUUUGUAAAACAGAAGUUUGAACUUGGGGCAGCCUUGUUCACUGGCUGGUCUGGAUCUGUUCUUGGUAUUCUUGGAGGCUUCAUCUUUUGUUUUUCCAUGACUGAGGGAUUCAGGAUUAGAAAUUACAAUGUCAACCUCGACAGGGAGCACACUUUCAUAUCAACACAAAACAAGGUCACCACAAACACCAAGAACUCCGAGCCUCUUCAGAAAAAUGCUCCAGGACAGAUCUUCACUGGCAGACAGAUUGGGAGGAAUGCAUAUGUUUGA